AGUAAAUGAAAAACCUAUUUCGAUCAACACAGCUAUAGCUCGCUUGAAACGGUUUUUUCAUUCCGGUAAGCAUUCUCGGAUAUAAGCCCCUCCGUUUAUAAUCAUCCCUUCUAAAAGCCCUUACGAAGUUGAAUAAUCCCAGGGCUUAUAAGUGGUGGUUAACGGUAUCAGUUUGGAGUUCAAGAAUUUGGUGAGCACGUUCAUCGUACGGUGCAUCUUGAGAGGUUUAGCCUAAACGCACGGCACAUACUCCUCCUUAAAAAAAAUGAAACUCGAAUUGUUUUUGCUUGUGAAGUUCUGAAGUUCUCCGGUCUGGGGAUAUUUUCAACAUUCCCUGAUUGAGUUUUGGUCCUCUCUUGAGGGAGGUCCAAACCCAAGCCAAACUCACGUACGACGUACGGAAAAAAAAUCAGGUUAAUCAGUGUUACUUUCGCGGUAAUUAUUGUCGAUUUCGGAUGAAAUUUCUGUCGAUUAUUUAAUCCGGGGACUGGAGGGUUUCCUUUUUCCUGUGGUCUGUUGUGUUGUAAACUGUUUUGAAAGUGUAAUCAUGAUUAUUUUUUAUGUCGCAUAAGCUCUACACCCUUGUACGGACGAGCAGAGAUCAAUGUGCCAAUCACCACCAAGACAGCAGAGCACGGACUACACCUGUGCAUGUGGCCAGACAUUGCCGAGCCUCCCUUCUUGCGAUAACAACAAUAACACAUGUGCUAUCACUAACGGUACCUGCAGUUUAUUUUGCAACGACACAAAGAGUAAUUGUCAGUGUCACCAAUGUACCUGCGUCGGCGGUUACUCGUUCAACCGCAGCAGUCAAUCUUGCGACGACAUCGAUGAAUGUAAGCUAGGUUCGCAUGACUGUCAACACACGUGUAUCAACAAGGAUGGUGAUUUCCAGUGUUCUUGUUUGAGCGGGCAUAAACUGAAAAACGACAAGAAGUCAUGCACCGACCUCGACGAAUGCACCAUCAACAAUGGCGGAUGCGACCACGUCUGUGUGAACAGUGUGGGUAGCUAUUACUGCAAGUGUAACCGAGGUUGGUCAGCGCACGGACCCACUUGCGUCGACAACGAUGAGUGUCAGUCUCAGAACCCUUGUCAACAUGUGUGUGUGAACACGCCGGGUAGCUACCGUUGUGGUUGCUUUUCGGGUUACACUCUCUCAGCCGACGGGACACACUGUCAAGAUGUCAACGAAUGCUCGUCAAAUAUCGGAGGUUGCGAGUUCUCUUGUUUAAACGUUCCAGGAAGUUUCAAAUGCUCGUGUGAACCCGGUUUUCAGCUGACAAAUGAUGGCAGGACGUGCGAGGACAUAGAUGAGUGCCAAACUGGCCAAUCGGGCUGCCAACAUCUUUGCGUGAACAUGCCUGGAAUGUUCAACUGUUCUUGUUUAGAUGGCUUUCAGCUUCAACAAGACGAAACUUCUUGUGCGGACAUAGACGAGUGUCAACUCGAUCAACAUGACUGCCAACAAGUGUGCAACAAUUAUGAAGGUAGUUACAACUGCUCGUGUUUCCUUGGUUACGAACUUUCAGCUGAUGGCAGAAACUGUACUGAUGUAGACGAAUGUUUGCACGAUAAUGGUGAGUGUUCCCAAGUAUGUGUCAACACGCCAGGCAGUCAUAAUUGUGCUUGUAGAAAUGGGUACCGGAUCGCGUUUGAUGAACAGAAUUGCAACGAUAGCUUCAGCUGUAACGUUGGCGAGUCAUGUCACGAAAAUUGCUCGGAAACAAAUUGCGAAGACGUGAACGAGUGCGAAAAUAGCGAGCUUUGUGAUCACAUGUGCUACAAUACAGAUGGCAGCUACUAUUGCUCGUGUUAUGAAGGGUACCAGCUAGCAGCUGAUGGCAGAUCUUGUGAAGACGUCGACGAGUGUCAGCGGAGUGUAAGCAUGCUUUGCAUCAGUUGCAAAAACACGCCCGGUGACUUUCACUGCACAUGCGCCAACGGAUAUUCUUUCAACAAAGCUGAUUUUAUUUGCGAGGAGAAAAAGCCACUGAAAGUGACCCUCACAGAAGGAAAGCAAAGAAUAGCGCAAGCUGCGGAUGUCGCCACUGUGAUUAAAGCAACCAAACACAUUGCAGAUGAAGUGAAUGGUUUGAAGAAAAUGAGCAGCGAGGAACUGACCCAGACAGUAGAUGUGCUUCAAAAUGUGAAGGAAAAGAUUCAGAAUUUCAACACCAGUAAAAAAGAAGCCGGAGAGCUAAUAACGGGUGUCAGUGAGGUCGUAAGUUCCAUGAUGAACAAAGACAACAGGUUGCCAUGGAAACAACUCGAGGAGACCGAGGGAACAUCUCCAGUUGCCGUUAUCCCUGUAGUAUUGGAAGAUGUGGUUCCUGCAAUAUUACAGUCACUGGACGAGGAAGCAAACGACGAGCUAAGCAUGUUCAUAUCGACGGACAAUUUAGAUAUGCAACUAAACGCUCAGAGCAGACAGAACUUUCAAGGUGUGACAACCCCAACUGUGACAUCCAACCACGUAAAACUACCGAGUUCAACUGUGAGAGACAGAAAUGACAACGAUACCGUGGGAAUGUCUAUUGCCUUUCUUAAAGGAAUGACGAACGUUUUACCUAACAAUAAAAGUGAAGGAAGCAACUUAAAUUCGAUUAUUGUCACCGUCAUGGUGACGAAUGUGGAGCCGAAGCAUCUCGCCAACCUAAAGGAACCAGUCAUUUUACGAUUCGAACAUUUAAAGAAAGAUUCUUAUGAACCUCAAUGCAGCUUUUUGAAUGAAACAGCCCUAUCGUACUUCCCAAGAGAUCCUUCAAAGCACUGGUCUAAUGUAGGAUGUCAUAAGAACCAAUCUACAGAGCGAUACACCAUCUGUCAUUGUUAUCAUCUCACAAGCUAUGGCCUCAUCAUGGAUGUUCACGGCAUUUAUGACGAGCUGGGUGAUACUCACAAGGAAACACUCAAGUACAUUUCCCUGGUUGGCUGCUGUGUUUCCAUUUUCUUUUGCAUCCUUUCAGUGCUGGGAUUCUCAUUUGCAAUGAGAAAACCACGCGAAAAGAAAGCUCGUCGAGAGACAUACUGUCUUCAUAUCAAUCUGGUUCUGGCGAUCUGCUUAUCACAAAUUUGCUUUGUCAUCGGAACCUUUAUCAUUUCUGUUAAUGUGCUUGCUUGCCGGAUAGUUUCCAUAGCAACCCAUUACUUCCUAAGUGCUUCAUUCUGUUGGAUGUUGGCCGAGGGAAUCCACAUUUAUAACAAGAUUGUACGAGUGUUUAGCAACAAAAAGUACAGCAGGGUGUUCUACGUACUGGGAUGGGGGGGUCCUGUCCUUCUUGUGUCAGCUUCUACUGGAAUUUCCUUCCACGAAUAUGGACCUCAUGACAUCUGUUGGUUGUCUGGCAAACUAAUUUGGGUCUUUGCUGCACCAGUGUUAGCAGUUAUAGCGAUCAAUUGUUUCAUUCUUGUCAGUGUUAUCUAUGUUUUAUUAAAGAAGACCAUGGUGAAAGCAGGAGGUGAAAACUCUAGCAGGAAAUCAAACACGAGGCGCAGUAUGAAGGUGACGGUUGUGUUACUUCCGUUGCUUGGCCUCACUUGGGUGUUCGGGUUUAUGGCGGUCGACAAGAAUACCAUCUUUUUCCACUAUAUCUUCGCCAUCGCCAACUCGUUGCAGGGAGUUUUUAUCUUCUUCGCACACUGUUGGAUAAACGACUCGGUACGCGAAUCUCUCAUCGAAAAAUUCCCGAGCUUGAAAAGGAAGAGGAAAUACGUGGUUGAAACAAAACAGAGUGAACACCGUGACAGCAGCGUGUCCCUUGAAACAGCAACAGCAACAGCAACUACGAAUUCAGUCCGUCUGGUAACUGUCAACAAGUCUCUAACUGGUUCCCGAAAGAACAACGAGCCACCUCCGUUAAAGCUCGUUAACUUAGAGCAAGAACUGGCGACAAGUCGAGAGGAUUCGUUCGAUGACAACUCUGUGAGGCUUACAAACCUAGCCAAGUUACCGUCAAAGUAUGCCGACGUGUUUGACGUACCGGCCUCAAAGCUUUUCAGCGUAAAUAAACCACCAAUGAGAGGUCAGGAAAUGUUAGCGCCAACUUCGGUGAACCUCAGCCGUCCCGAAGAGUAUCCGAUUACGCCGAGAGAGGCCUACGACAAUCCGACGUUUGCUUUUUGGAGAGGUCAAAAAUGAGUUGACGUGAAAUAUGCGUGAUCAUGAAUUGGAUAAUCUCGUAUGAAAAGACUGACUUUAGUUUGAAAAUUCAUUUGUUGUCACAUUGUGAGUCCCUUAUAUUUAAAACAUUUGCAGCAGUUUAGGUAUAUUGAUAUUUUUAUGUCUCAAAGUGCUAAUACAUUAUAUGUUUAAUUUUAUUGUUGGAACUGCCACAGCGGUGGAUAUAUUUAACCUUAUUUACGAAGAGAGUACUGACGGAUAUUACUUGUAAAUGUGAGUCAAAGAAAAUGAAAUGAGUUUCGUGAAUGAGGAAUGUUGCUGUCUGAAAUAACUUCAAAGUUGCAUCAACCAUGAACCCGAUGAAUUAUGCAUGAACGUUGUCAGCCAUAUGUCCACGUGAACUAAAUUUAAGGCCAAUUGAAAUUGCAGUCCAGUCUUCUAAUGCAGAGAAAUAGGGUCCUGACAAUAUUCUUAGUCGUGGAACUCUAGAGCGUUUCCCGCGAAAAAUACACUAGCUAAUUCAGGCGCCGCCCACCCACAGUACUCUGGAGGAAUUUGAGGUUUCGCUCUGAAAACGCAUCAAAUGUUUCCCGU